AUGUCGAGUAUCCAGCCUGCAGCCUCCAGUACUCUGUUACCUGAGGAGAUAGAACCAGACUUCCCAUGCCCACUGUGUGAUUAUGAGUCAGAAUGGUUCUGCCAGUGUGACUCCAUGAUAGGUGCUGCGCUGUCGCCGCAGCGCGACUCCACGAAGGGUGCUGCGCUGUCGCCGCAGCGCGACUCCACGAAGGGUGCUGCGCUGUCGCCGCAGCGCGACUCCACGAAGGGUGCUGCGCUGUCGCCGCAGCGCGACUCCAUGAAGGGUGCUGCGCUGUCGCCGCAGCGCGACUCCACGAAGGGUGCUGCGCUGUCGCCGCAGCGCGACUCCACGAAGGGUGCUGCGCUGUCGCCGCAGCGCGACUCCACGAAGGGUGCUGCGCUGUCGCCGCAGCGCGACUCCACGAAGGGUGCUGCGCUGUCGCCGCAGCGCGACUCCACGAAGGGUGCUGCGCUGUCGCCGCAGCGCGACUCCACGAAGGGUGCUGCGCUGUCGCCGCAGCGCGACUCCACGAAGGGUGCUGCGCUGUCGCCGCAGCGCGACUCCACGAAGGGUGCUGCGCUGUCGCCGCAGCGCGACUCCACGAAGGGUGCUGCGCUGUCGCCGCAGCGCGACUCCACGAAGGGUGCUGCGCUGUCGCCGCAGCGCGACUCCACGAAGGGUGCUGCGCUGUCGCCGCAGCGCGACUCCACGAAGGGUGCUGCGCUGUCGCCGCAGCGCGACUCCACGAAGGGUGCUGCGCUGUCGCCGCAGCGCGACUCCACGAAGGGUGCUGCGCUGUCGCCGCAGCGCGACUCCACGAAGGGUGCUGCGCUGUCGCCGCAGCGCGACUCCACGAAGGGUGCUGCGCUGUCGCCGCAGCGCGACUCCACGAAGGGUGCUGCGCUGUCGCCGCAGCGCGACUCCACGAAGGGUGCUGCGCUGUCGCCGCAGCGCGACUCCACGAAGGGUGCUGCGCUGUCGCCGCAGCGCGACUCCACGAAGGGUGCUGCGCUGUCGCCGCAGCGCGACUCCACGAAGGGUGCUGCGCUGUCGCCGCAGCGCGACUCCACGAAGGGUGCUGCGCUGUCGCCGCAGCGCGACUCCACGAAGGGUGCUGCGCUGUCGCCGCAGCGCGACUCCACGAAGGGUGCUGCGCUGUCGCCGCAGCGCGACUCCACGAAGGGUGCUGCGCUGUCGCCGCAGCGCGACUCCACGAAGGGUGCUGCGCUGUCGCCGCAGCGCGACUCCACGAAGGGUGCUGCGCUGUCGCCGCAGCGCGACUCCACGAAGGGUGCUGCGCUGUCGCCGCAGCGCGACUCCACGAAGGGUGCUGCGCUGUCGCCGCAGCGCGACUCCACGAAGGGUGCUGCGCUGUCGCCGCAGCGCGACUCCACGAAGGGUGCUGCGCUGUCGCCGCAGCGCGACUCCACGAAGGGUGCUGCGCUGUCGCCGCAGCGCGACUCCACGAAGGGUGCUGCGCUGUCGCCGCAGCGCGACUCCACGAAGGGUGCUGCGCUGUCGCCGCAGCGCGACUCCACGAAGGGUGCUGCGCUGUCGCCGCAGCGCGACUCCACGAAGGGUGCUGCGCUGUCGCCGCAGCGCGACUCCACGAAGGGUGCUGCGCUGUCGCCGCAGCGCGACUCCACGAAGGGUGCUGCGCUGUCGCCGCAGCGCGACUCCACGAAGGGUGCUGCGCUGUCGCCGCAGCGCGACUCCACGAAGGGUGCUGCGCUGUCGCCGCAGCGCGACUCCACGAAGGGUGCUGCGCUGUCGCCGCAGCGCGACUCCACGAAGGGUGCUGCGCUGUCGCCGCAGCGCGACUCCACGAAGGGUGCUGCGCUGUCGCCGCAGCGCGACUCCACGAAGGGUGCUGCGCUGUCGCCGCAGCGCGACUCCACGAAGGGUGCUGCGCUGUCGCCGCAGCGCGACUCCACGAAGGGUGCUGCGCUGUCGCCGCAGCGCGACUCCACGAAGGGUGCUGCGCUGUCGCCGCAGCGCGACUCCACGAAGGGUGCUGCGCUGUCGCCGCAGCGCGACUCCACGAAGGGUGCUGCGCUGUCGCCGCAGCGCGACUCCACGAAGGGUGCUGCGCUGUCGCCGCAGCGCGACUCCACGAAGGGUGCUGCGCUGUCGCCGCAGCGCGACUCCACGAAGGGUGCUGCGCUGUCGCCGCAGCGCGACUCCACGAAGGGUGCUGCGCUGUCGCCGCAGCGCGACUCCACGAAGGGUGCUGCGCUGUCGCCGCAGCGCGACUCCACGAAGGGUGCUGCGCUGUCGCCGCAGCGCGACUCCACGAAGGGUGCUGCGCUGUCGCCGCAGCGCGACUCCACGAAGGGUGCUGCGCUGUCGCCGCAGCGCGACUCCACGAAGGGUGCUGCGCUGUCGCCGCAGCGCGACUCCACGAAGGGUGCUGCGCUGUCGCCGCAGCGCGACUCCACGAAGGGUGCUGCGCUGUCGCCGCAGCGCGACUCCACGAAGGGUGCUGCGCUGUCGCCGCAGCGCGACUCCACGAAGGGUGCUGCGCUGUCGCCGCAGCGCGACUCCACGAAGGGUGCUGCGCUGUCGCCGCAGCGCGACUCCACGAAGGGUGCUGCGCUGUCGCCGCAGCGCGACUCCACGAAGGGUGCUGCGCUGUCGCCGCAGCGCGACUCCACGAAGGGUGCUGCGCUGUCGCCGCAGCGCGACUCCACGAAGGGUGCUGCGCUGUCGCCGCAGCGCGACUCCACGAAGGGUGCUGCGCUGUCGCCGCAGCGCGACUCCACGAAGGGUGCUGCGCUGUCGCCGCAGCGCGACUCCACGAAGGGUGCUGCGCUGUCGCCGCAGCGCGACUCCACGAAGGGUGCUGCGCUGUCGCCGCAGCGCGACUCCACGAAGGGUGCUGCGCUGUCGCCGCAGCGCGACUCCACGAAGGGUGCUGCGCUGUCGCCGCAGCGCGACUCCACGAAGGGUGCUGCGCUGUCGCCGCAGCGCGACUCCACGAAGGGUGCUGCGCUGUCGCCGCAGCGCGACUCCACGAAGGGUGCUGCGCUGUCGCCGCAGCGCGACUCCACGAAGGGUGCUGCGCUGUCGCCGCAGCGCGACUCCACGAAGGGUGCUGCGCUGUCGCCGCAGCGCGACUCCACGAAGGGUGCUGCGCUGUCGCCGCAGCGCGACUCCACGAAGGGUGCUGCGCUGUCGCCGCAGCGCGACUCCACGAAGGGUGCUGCGCUGUCGCCGCAGCGCGACUCCACGAAGGGUGCUGCGCUGUCGCCGCAGCGCGACUCCACGAAGGGUGCUGCGCUGUCGCCGCAGCGCGACUCCACGAAGGGUGCUGCGCUGUCGCCGCAGCGCGACUCCACGAAGGGUGCUGCGCUGUCGCCGCAGCGCGACUCCACGAAGGGUGCUGCGCUGUCGCCGCAGCGCGACUCCACGAAGGGUGCUGCGCUGUCGCCGCAGCGCGACUCCACGAAGGGUGCUGCGCUGUCGCCGCAGCGCGACUCCACGAAGGGUGCUGCGCUGUCGCCGCAGCGCGACUCCACGAAGGGUGCUGCGCUGUCGCCGCAGCGCGACUCCACGAAGGGUGCUGCGCUGUCGCCGCAGCGCGACUCCACGAAGGGUGCUGCGCUGUCGCCGCAGCGCGACUCCACAAAGGGUGCUGCGCUCGUCCAUUGA